AUGGCCGGGCGGGCCAAGGAAAACCUUCCCGGAGGUAGUCUAAAAUACCUGUUCGUAUAUUUAAAAAUCCGUAUAUUUAAAUGUAGUUACCGUAUAUAUAUAUAUUUACAUGGUCAUUUCAUAUCAUUUAUAGCUGUAGCUGUUUUUGGACGAUUUUUGGAAUCAUCCCAGUUUAUUGCUGAGAAACUGGUGAAAUACGGUAUCACCCACCCAAGUGGUGUUACAAGUCAUAGCCCAUCGGCACCAGAGAUUCGACUCCGACCACUUGUUGCUCCGUGGCCGCCAGGUAAAAUCUCGGUUCCAUUCGCUCCUUUGGAGCCACCCAAGAGCAAAUAUGAGCGCGGCACUGAGGUCUGUCAGACUGUCAGGUCGACGUUGACGAUGCUGGAGUUCAAUAAGAAAGGUGUGCAGGAGAUGCGACAGCGCCGAUCCUUUCUGGGUGCCGAUAAGAGUCUGAAGAGGGAUGCUGGGAAGCCACCCAAGCACCUCUACGAGCACACCAUCGAGGCUUGUGUGAAAUGGGCGCAAGAUGGUGGCCCUAUUGGUAAAGAGAAGUUCAAAAAGAAUCCUGGCACAGCAACUGGUGGAAUGCGGGGAGGGAUGAUGGAAGUGAAGCCGCUAAUUCGCGUGGUUUGCCCUGUACAAAGCUUCAAAAGAGACGAGACGCGCUGUGGUCCCAUCGCACGCCUCAGAGCUAGAGCGAGCCAUGUGGUCCCCUUGUCCAGCUGCUACGCGGCCUCACGAAACCAGAGGAUUCUGGUCACAUUUCCAGGUGCCUUGCACUUGGAGUUGGGCAAAGAUGCCUUGCCUCCCAAGCCCGUUGUGAUCUGGGAUGUGCAGACAGGGCAUCGACGCUUGUGUCCCGCGGCGGAGCCCAACAAGGCUCCAGAGUCGGCCUCCACCGCCUCCACCGCUGCCAGCUCCGCAGAUUCCCCAGUGCCAUCGCUGGGGGCGCCGGGGUAUCUCCUCAGCGUUGCCCCGGGCCCCAACCCCACGCAGCGCCCCCUGCGCCACACGGCGCCCGGGGAGUUCUUCGCGCAGUUCCGGCGGCCCGUGCGCUCGGCGGCCAAAGACAACCAGAAGCGCAGCGAGGUUUUGGCCGCCGUCACCUCCAUGGCCAACGAGCAAAAGGCCAUGAUUGACAACAUCUUGGAACAGUGUGACAAGGUGUCGCGCAUGAUUUUGCUGGCCACGGCCAACGCCCUCAAGGAGUCCAAUGCCAAAGCGCAGAAGCCCAUGCCGUGGAUGACGGCGCGGUCGCACAUUAAGAAGGACCCGGGGGACCCGUUGGACGAUCUCGCCGGAGAACUCGUGGAUUCGAUUUCGAAAUCAUGCCGCAUCGAUUUUGUCGUUUUUUUGUUCCGCCGAAACGCCGAAACGUCACCGGAGUUGCUGACUGAGGACUAUCCCGAGACCGAUCAAACCUUGCUCUAUUGCUCUCCUGAGGAGAGGAAUGUCAAGGCUCAGAUGGAGUCCUUUCUGCUGCAGAGCGUGAAGAAAUUUGCCAAGAACCAACGCAUCUGUGAGUUCGACUUGGAGCGUGUGCAGAAGCGCUUGAGUCUCCACAGCAAGGAUGCGGAGGGCGUUCUGAACUACGCAGGGCACGAAGACAGCGGCACCUGGGCCUGCACGCGGAUGGCCCUUGCCAUGGCGGCUUUGAAGGAUCAUGAGACGGGGCAACACAAGAUCUUCGCAGGCUUCGCACAGACCUUGGCUGAUACCACAAGUCGUAUGUCAAGAGACCACAUGGGAACUACCGGUUUCUCCAUGUCGGACACCCAAGUGAGCUUCGAACAUGUCCCCACGAACGCUCCGCAGGGCGCGAUCAUGUUACAGCCUGAGGAAAGAGAUAUGUUGCAAGGCUUGGAGAUGCAAAAGAAACAAAAAGAAAAGGCCGUCUGGGAAUUGAAACGACAGCUGGAUGAGCUCAUGGAUAAGCGACGGAAGAUGGAUGAGGACGUGGCACCGCAGACCAGUACUUCCGAGGGGCCAAAAACCAGCGGCGAACGACGCUUGCAACACGCCAAGAGUGUGAAAGAGAUGGACGAGGCCUUGGACACGCUGGACGAGGAGCGCUUCCACGCACGCCGCUCCAUAGAGAGCGCCGGGCCGCAGAUGGCCAAGAUGGUUGACUUCAUGACCACGGGGCAACGGAAUCUGCGUAAUUUGCUUCAAGAACUGAAGAGGGCAGAACAGAAACAGCUCGAAGUGCAUCAACAGUUGGAAGAACUGGUCUGGCCCGAGAGCAAAACCUUGGUCCACGACAUGGUCCGCAACAAGGAGAUGGACGCUUUGGCUAGCACGAGAUCCACGGUUUUUUUCCACCAAAAAUGGGGAGUUCUCCAGGAAAAAGUGGAGAAAAAGCAAGAACAUCUGGGAAUUCACUAG